ACUUUGUGAUACAGGUAUUACCCCUUGAUUGGGCUGCUCGAUGCGCCCGCUCCAUGUUGACUCGGCAUCCGUUUCGUCCGUCUUUGAAGAUCCACUAAACCUGUGUGCCUUCGGAGCGCGGCGGAUGUUGUUUCGGGUUAUGAACCAGCCCUAGGUUUUACGGAGAUCGAGGAAUGAUUUGGAAAUUCCACCAUUUCCUUUCAUUCUGACACCUACAACUGCGACAGCUACCUAGCGACACGAACUUCAUGGCUAGACGCUCAUCGCUUACCGUCCUUUUAUCGUAAUUUCUUCCUCUCGCCUGCACUCCUUUAUACCCAACAAAAUGACCGAUACAUACGAGAUCAGUAUCUUCGACUCGUCGGAUGACGAUAUCAGCCUGGCUGCUGCCGAAGAAGUCGGACUUUUAGCCUCACAGCAAUCACAUCGACGAACAUCCUCUAUAGACCAUUUUGUGACGUAUACGAGACGGACGGUUAGCGAUCUCUUGUCCGAUCUGGAUUUUAUUCACAAUGCGCUCAGUAUUGCUCUGUUGGCGGUAUUGUGGCAUAUGUUCUCGUUGGCUAUUUCAGUCUACAACAAAUGGAUGUUCUCCGGCGACAUCAUCUCCUUCCCUUUCCCCUUAUUCAUGACCAGCCUCCAUCAAGCCGUCCAGUUCUGCCUCUCCGCUCUGUUCCUCUAUCUCGUUCCUUCGCUCCGCCCUCAACGCAACAACACCAAUAACUCGACUCUCCCUUCGCCUGCCGUACUGCCAGGUGCCGAUCUGCAGAAAGGCGGCAGCAUGUCGAUCAAGCGAUUAUAUCUCAUCCACUUAAUUCCCGGCGGUGUCGCGACAGCUCUGGAUAUGGGAUUGGGGAAUAUGUCGUUGCGAUUUUCGUCGUUGACGUUUAUGACGGCGUGUAAAUCGUCAACACUAGUUUUUAUCCUGCUGUUCGCAUUCUUGUUCGGUCUCGAACGACCCUCAGCAAGAUUGGCGCUUAUUAUCGCUGUCAUGACGGCCGGCGAAGUCAUGAUGGUUCUGGGCGAAGUGACGUUUAGUCUACCAGGAUUCGCACUCGUGACAGGAUCCGCAUUCUUCUCAGGAUUUAGAUGGGCUCUGUCGCAGCUAUUGAUCCUCAAACACCCCGCUACAUCCAACCCGGUGUCGAUGCUAUUCCAUCUCAGUCCCGUGGUAUUCAUCACACUCAUCGGGAUAUCUAUCUCCGUCGAAGAUCCAAACGAAAUCAUUGACGCGCUGUAUGCGCUGUCUGAAACGUGCGGAAGCAGCGCAACUGCCAUUUCGCUGCUCCUGCUUCCAGGCUGUCUGGCGUUUUGUAUGGUUCUGUCGCAAUUUGCGCUACUACAACGAUCGUCGGUCGUCACCCUGAGUGUCUGCGGAAUCCUCAAGGAAGUAGUGAUAAUCGGUGUUGCGGGUAUGGUGUUUGGAGACAAAUUGACCAGUGUUAAUAUAUGUGGUGUGGUUGCUAUUAUGGCCAGUGUGAUUGCGUACAAUUAUAUGAAGAUCAAGGCUGCUAGGAAGCCGGUGAGAGAGAAGUGGGUUGGAGAGAAAUAUUCCUAAAAAUUAUACCCGUCAUAUACGAAUAUAUUUCAUGCAUUUC